AGAACACUUACUUGACUAGCCAGCACGUAGCAAUAAGAAGUAUCGUAGAGAAACUCAUGGAUACAGAGCUUCUUGCUAAACAGUCUGAUUGGAAAAAGAAGAUUAAGGACAUCAGAGACAUUAUUGAGAAGGUAGAGGCAAACGGUUACAAGAACACAGAGCCGUGGAGGUCUCAUUGGGAUUGGCAGCUGUAUAAAGCUCUUGAAUGUCAGUACAUAAAGACUUUGUUGUCUUUGCACAAACAUUUCCCGCUGGUCAAAGUCGACCUGGUCCUUCGCGGCCACAAAGUGCGUGUGCAACCGCCAAUGGAAGAGAUUCGUGUCCAGCAUUACCAUCAGUUACGACGGCUAGUGUCGAUGCCGGCUCAAUUCGUCGGUGUCCAAGCCUCCUACGAUGGCAAGGAAUCUAUCUUCGCCAGUAUCGUUGAAAAGCAUGGAUGGCUAGGCAAUAAAGCGGUCAAGCAACUGGAAGAGGCCCUGCUGGCGCUGGAGCGUAGUUGCUCGGUUUGGACGAAGCGUGCGGCGCUGGCGUGUGUCACCGACCUGGAAGGACUGUGCUCGGAGACACUGCACGAGCCCCAAGAUUGGGAGCUCAACUUCAAAGCCUGUAAAGCUUACGGUCAGGCUGUUGCGAAAAUGUCUUUCGAGGACGAAAAGAUCGACUGGAUAAUAAUGGGCACGGCAACUCUCCGCCGGGAGUUCGAAGCGCAAGCUCGCAACUUGUGGGCGUGUCUCAUGACGUCACUGCAGGCCAGCUGUCGCUCCGAUGCCGUCACUCUUGACGCUUUCGUUGCCAAUGCUAUGGUCAUGUUAGAGGACAAGCAAUUGCCUAAGAACGCCAAGGAACUGUCCGAGAUAAGCGGUAAACAGCAAGUGUUGCAGACCAAAAUGCCUGAGAUGGAGAAAUUAGUAGAAGCGUUAAAACGUAAGGGGUACCUGCUCCGCACGUGGGGCGGCGACGUGUCGGUGGACGGAACCGUGCAGGCUUGGCAGAAGAUCAAGGAACUCAUGCUGUCACACCAACAGAUGUUCGAACACCAGGCAGACAUAGUGAAAUCAAGUUUGAAUGGCGAAUGGGAGAAUUUGAAUACGACCGCCGAAGCUUGGUUCUCCCGGCUAUGUCAGGCGCGAUCCCGGUACGAGGAAACCCACGGCGCGUCUUAUGACGACAUGGUCGAUAGAUGUCGCUCUGUGUUCGAUGCGCGCGCGCAGUGGGAUUUAUAUGUCACUGAUAAAGAUGACCUUAUGAAAGAAUGCGAGAAGUUCGGUUUGAGUCUCGAUGUACCGGACUUAUGGAAGGAAGCGGAACAAUUGAUAAAUGAAUAUGUUAAUCUGUGGACUGUACUGAAGGAGUACAAUGAAGAAUACGAGUCUCUGGCGGAGCAGGAAUGGAUAGUGUUUCAGAAGAAGUUGCAUUUACUGGAUGAGUUUGCGUCCAAGUGGAGCGGCCGGCUUGAACCGUACACCAACGUCACCUUGUAUUUACAACAAGAGCUUGAUAAGUAUAAUGAUCUGACAACGCUGCUGAAGUACCUCCGCGGGUCGGAUUUCACGGAGCGGCACUGGCGCGAGGUGUUCAGCCUGCUCGGCAUGGAGUACAAGAAACCUGACACGCUGCAGGUCAAAGACUUGCUCGCCGUCGCCUUGGACAUCAAGAAAAAUAUCAAAGCUUUACAGAAAAUCAGUUCGACGGCGUCGAGCGAGGCGGCAGUGAGGACAGCUCUGAACGAGCUAGAGCUGUGGUUCGCGGGCGCCCGGCUGGUCGUCAUCUACUACAACGACAAGUCUAAACGACCCGCGCCGAUUGUCAAGGACUACAAGGAUAUAUUGGCUAAAAUAGAAGAACAGCAAUGGGUGGUGUCGUCAGUGAGCGGCGGCGUGGGGGGCGGCGGCGGGGGCGGGGCCGCGGGCGGCGACGCGUGCGCGGCGUGGGAGGCGCGGCUGCGCGCGGCGCGGGCGCUGCUGCGGGCCGCGCACCACGCGCAGCGCAGGUCAGGCCACGUGGCGUCUUCUGACACUUCAUUCUUUCAAGGAUACUGCAGGCCUACCACGCUAUGUAAGCGCAACGCGACGCGACGCGACAUAAAAUAA